AUGGGCGCCGAGAUUGGCGCGACAACUUCGAUGUUCCCCUAUGACGACCAUAUGGGCGCAUACCUGAGGGCGACCGACCGAGGCGGCAUCGUACCUCACGCAGAGGCAAACAAGCACCUGCUAGAGCCUGACGCCGAAGUGGAGGCAAACCCCGAAGCACAUUACGAUCGCGUCGUGCGCCUCGACUUGUCGACACUUGAGCCGCACAUGGUAGGUCCGCACUCCCCUGACCGCGCUCGCCCCAUAUCACAGCUUGCAGCGGAGGUCGCCGACAGCAGCAACCAGUUCGUGGACGCCAUUUCUAGUGCACUCAUCGGAAGCUGCACUAAUUCGUCAUACGAGGAUAUGAGCCGCGCUGCCGACGUCGCGGAGCAGGCGAAAGCCAGGGGCGUCGCAACUGCCGUGCCGUUCAUGGUGACGCCAGGCUCCGAGCAGGUUCGCGCAACCAUUGAACGCGACGGGCAGAUGGCAUCCCUGCUCGACAUCAAUGGCACCGUGCUUGCAAAUGCCUGUGGUCCCUGCAUCGGUCAGUGGCGACGAUCCAACGAGGCGAAUUCACAACCGAACACCAUCGUCACUUCCUAUAACCGCAACUUCCCGCGCCGCAAUGACGGCACCCCAACCACGAUGAACUUCAUCGCCAGCCCUGAAAUCGUAACGGCUAUGGCAAUCGCCGGAACCCUCUCAUUCAACCCCCUCACCGAUACUCUUAAGGACAGCGAGGGCAACGAGUUCAUGUUCGAGCCCGCCCAGUGCUGCGCCCGAAGUGCCUGA